UAUGGAACCUGAGGAGGAGGAUUCAGACGCGGCUAAACCAACUGCUGCAGAUGAGCAGAGUGGAAUGCUUGAGCGGGAGAAACUAAGCAACUAUGCGGAGGGUGAAAAUGAGAUCAGUAAAGCAAAAGAGAAGUUAAUUUUAGCAGUAAAUAAGGGGAUUUCGGGGGAAGAUGACAGGCUACAUGAUGCACUCAAUUCUGAAUAUCUCGAGAUACGUGACGCUAAAGCCGAGAUGGAUUUAAAUGUCAACAAGAAACGCUUUGAUCUUAACGACCGGGAGGGAAAAGAUGUGAAUGUGGAACCUGAGAAGGAGGCAAAUUCAGACGUAGCUAAACCAACUGCCGGAGAAGAGCAGAGUGGAAUGCUUGAGCGAGAGAAACAAAACAAGUAUGCGGAGGGUAAAAAUGAGAUAAGCGAAGCUAAAGGGAAGUUAAUCUUAGCAAUAAACAAGGCAAUUGCAGAGGAAGACGAGAGGCUACAUGAUGCGCUCAAUUCUGAAUAUCUUGGAAUACGUGAGGCUAAAGUUCAGAUGGAUUUAAAUGUUGUCAAGAAACCCUUGGAACUUAACGACCAUGGGGAAAAGGAUAUUGCACCGAAGUUGAAAGAAAUUUUAGACAAAACUAAGCCCUCUGCCACAGAGAAAGUUACCGAAGGAAAUGACAGUCAUGAAGAUGAUGUAGCAGGCACACUGCAAAAGAAGGAUGUAGCUCAAGAUAUUGAGAUUCAGGAAGCCGCAGCCAGGGUGCGUUUAACAAUGAAGAGAGCCUUGGCUGUUGAUGUUCAAGUGUCACCUGCUGACUUUAAAGGUGAUGUAGCCAUACAAAAAGAAAAGUCUCAGCUAGAUUCUGAGCUGGAGAACGCCUGGUACCAGGUGGAUGACGACUUGAAGGAUACAGAGGAUUUAGAUGAUGGUGAUGCAAACGAUGAAGCUGAGCAGACCGUUGUGACAAAGGAACGUAUUAAGGUGAGUAUCUCUCAAAGCAAGCACGGGGCAGGGAUAAAGGAGACACAACUGGAGAAAAACGCCGACCAUGAAGAGGAUCUGUCGGGAAAAGAGGGGUUGUCGGAAAAAGAUGUGCCUAUAAAGCAGUCUACUUUAGAUGUUAAAAUAAGAGAAGAUUUGAAAAUGGAACAAUUGGCAAACAAGGCGGAUCUAGAGAUGCUCGCCGAGCAGGGAAAUGAAAAUGUGGUAAAAAGUGAGGAUCUUGCUCGUGAUGAGGAAGAUAAUGAGGAGCCUCAGGAGGAGGAGGAGGAGCAGGUGGAUAAAGAGGAAGUGGACAAACUCAAAAAGAAAGAUCUCAAAGGACGAGUAGAGUUGAACGAUGAUGAAGAUUUUGAGGAUACUGGGGAACUAGAGGAAGAAGAGACGGAUCCUGAACCGGCUGAUGAAGAAUUAUAUUAUUUGGAUGAUGAGGAACAGGAGGAUCAAAAGCCUGUGGAAGAGGAGGAAGAAAAAGAGGAGGAAGAUGAGGAUAAACUAGAGGCCCCUGAAGAUGAGGAAGUUAAAGCAGAUGUAUCUUCUUCGGUUAACGUUGCAGAGGAUCAUAAACAAAUCGGUAAUGCAAGUAAUGACGAUGGUGACGUUGAAAGCGAUGACCCACUAAAUGAUUUCGAUGAAGAACUUUAUGAUGACGAUGAGAGUGAUAGUCAUCGUGUAGAUGAUAACAUGACAAAUGAAAUGGAUGACCUAUCGGAGACUGAACUCCUUGAAGAUGAAAAUGCCCUUGCAUUUGAAGUAGGUGAUGAUAUCUACCUCAAAACUGAUCAUUCCAGAAGUGAUGAGAAUAUCUCACAAAUUACAACUGCAGAAGAUGAAGUAUACCCAGAUGUUCUGGAACAGACGGAUCUGGGAAAUGAACAAAACGUGUCUGCAAAAGAUAAUAUUAUAAAGGAAGAAAUUGAAACCCUGCUAGACGUAGAUGAUGCCCAUGCUGACGAGAAGAGGAGAGUGCCCACGGGUAACUCCGACUCUGAAAACGAUGAGUCUGAAGGUCCAUCCCCAAAACCAGAUGACGGCCCGCCCGAGUUUGAGCAGACAGUGGUGGAGGAUUACUUGAGCGAGGAGCGCCAGUCUCGCUUGCGCCGGAUUCUCAGGGAGACAAAGCUGAGCGCGCUGGAGGACCGGCUGCGUGCGUUCGAAGGGGAUCUCGCCGACAGCAAGAUGAGGGCAGAGGGCACGAUGGAGGACGUCGAGAAGAGCCUGGACUCUGUGAUGGACAGGCACGAGGGCAGGGUCCUGCAGUGGCUCCAGGAGGUACUGGAAGAUAUCGGCAAGCAGCAUGAGGAGGCCGAAGAGGGACAGGACCUGGAGGAAGAGGAGGAGGAGUCUGAGGAGGCGUACGAGGAGCGGGUGGAGGUUUUCAAUGACGUGCAGGAUGUCGUCUUCGCCAUGAGGAAGCGUUUCUCCAUGAGCAUGGAGAGUGUACCCAUAGCUCCGGGGGCAAAGGUCAAGGUUAAAGUGGUUCAAGACAAAUUUUCCUGGCUCCCGUCGGACAAAAACGGCACGUUGCCGGAUCUCAUCCUGCGAAUGGAUUCUGCCUUCCUCUACGUCAGGGCCUGUGUCCUUCCGUCACUGGGAUCGCUGCUUGGAAUGGUGGCUUCUCAGCUCCCGGCCGAGUGGCGACCCGGACCCAGCUACCACGGCGUGCCCUGGGACGUCGUGGCCACGGGACUGUGCCUGGGCAUCGCCUUCUCACUCGCCUUUCUCUGGAGGCUCAUCUGCGUGUUUCAAAACAGAAGAUAUCUACGGAGGGAGGCCCGACACAUCCAGACGGUCAAGACGGUUCUGGAGGAGAAACACGAGCUGGCAGAGCGACUCGCAAAUGCGAGGAAAGAGAUCCAUGGGAAAGCGAGCUCGCUGGACGGCAUUCUGGAGGGGUCGAAAGGCAGCAAGCAGGCCAUCGCCAAGCUGCAGACGGAGCACAGGGAGCUGCAGGAGAGCAUCUGCGAGCGACGCAGCGAAAUGGAGGCGAUCCGACGCAGCCUCGAGUCAAUGCAGCAGCAUUGGGAGCAGCAGCAUUCUUUGAAACUGCGGCUGCAGCGCAGCACGGAGAGCGUGGAGCAGACACUCGGCUCGCUGAAAGCAGAGCUGGAGGCGGUCCUGUCUCGGGUUGGCACCGCCAACAGCAACAACGACAAGAUGGAGGCCAAGCUGGUCAAAAUGGAGAAGGAGAAUGAGCAGCUGCAACGCAGCAACCGGCGGCUGGAUGAGGAGGUGGAGCUUUGUGAUACGUCGGUUGGGGAGCUGACGGAGACUUUGCACGCGGAGAGGCAGAUGCAGAAGAGCCUGGAGGAGGCCGUGGCCUUCAAGCAGAAUGAGGUGGAGGCCAUGACCGCGUGCCUAAACCAGCUCAAGGACCUCGGAGUGGACUCGGAAAGUCUGGAUGAAUCUGAAAAACGGAAGCAGAAACAGAAACUUCAAGAGCUCAUGGAUGUCUCCAAGGUGAACGUGAUGCUCAGGGUGGUCGAGGAGGAGAUCGAGGAGUACGGAUCCCUCCUCCGGGACGAGGUGGCCGCCACGCACAAGCUGGAAGGGACGUUGGAGGCUUACGAGAACAAGAACGCGAGCCUGGCGGCGGAGAAGGGCAACCUGUGCGAGGAGCUGGCGCGCUGCAAGCAGAAGCUGCACAUGGUGAAGCAGAUGUACGAGGAGAAGGAGGUGAAACUUCAGAGGAAGCUCACCCUGGAGGAGACCCACCGCGAGCAGAACAAGGGCAAGCUGUCGGCCGUGGACGAGCGUGUCCUCAAAGCCAUCGAGGACGCCAGCAUCCACCGGCGUAAAGUUGAAGACCUGCGCGAGGAGCUUAACAAAACGGAGAAGAAUUACAAAGAUCAGAUUUCGACGAACGAGAAGAAGGUUCACGAAAAUUGGCUUAAAGCUCGCACGGCUGAGAGGGAGAUGGUGGCAUCCAAGAAGGAAGUUUCCACCCUGAAGGAGAGGAUGUCGGAUAUUGAACUCAAGCUUGCCCUGCUGCAUAGGCCACCGACCUAUCGGAUGGACUUUCAGAGAGGGCUGCCCCUCCAGCCUCUGGUGGUACCGACACACAGAGGAGCGUCGUUGCGCGACGGCUCGUCGUUUGCAUCGUCGCCGGUGAGCGGCCCGCCGUCGCCUCCCAUGCUGACGGACGAGCCGCGGCGAGGGCCCACGCGGGCCCCGGGGCAGCCCCGCCGCACCCCACGAGCGGCCGCUGGAGCAGAUAACGGGCCUUCGUCUCCGCUCGACAGCACCGACGGCCUUCACAAUCCCAUUCCGGCCGGGAGACCGCCGGAGCUGCGAGCUUCGCACGGACACGUCCCCCCGCCGCCGGGGCCCCACGAGCCGGCGUACCCCCGGCACUCUCCCCCCCGGGGGCAGCACAUCCCGCCGGCCCAGGCGGGACCGCGCGGCGGUCCGCAGACGUCGCCGCUCUCCGCCCAGGGCACCCCGCCGCAGUCUGCCAGGGCGGCGUACGGUUUUCCGCAGCGGCCGCAGCCGGCGGGCCCGACCGCGGCGGCCGCUUCGGCGUCGCAGAACGGAAUGUUGAGAGGGCAGCCCGGGCCUGGUCUACCGCCGACGGUGCCGGCGGCGCCGUACGGACCGCCUCUGUCUCCUGCGCUGAGCGGCGGUCUCCCUCCGAUGCAGAGGCAGUUUUACCCUCCACCACCACAAGGGGCCCCCGGGGCUCCGGCUCAAGGGCAGUUGGCUCCGCCGCAACCCCUCGUGCCGUACGACUCGCAGCCGUCCCAAGGGCGCCGCAAUCCACCGCCGCUGUGGCAAGGAGCCCCCGGUCAACAUCCACCCCAGGGUUCUGCUGGGCAACGUCCUCCUCCUCCUCGGGGACCUCCUGGGCAGCCCCCAAUGCUGGGACCUCCUCCUGGGCAACAUCUCUCUCAGGGUCCUCCGGGACAUCCUCCACCACAAGGAGCUCGGGGCCAACCUCCGUCCCAAGUGCAUCCUGGGCACCGUCCUCCACAGGGACCUCCUGGGCAACCUCCUCACCUUCAUGCCGAACCACAACUUCAGCAUUCUCAAGCACCGCAGAGCCCGCCCCUGUCCCAAGCGCCCCGCAUGCCACCUCCGUCCCAGGGGCCGUUUGCUCCACCACCGUGGCAAGGAAUCCGCGGGCCUCCUCCUCCUCAUCCUCCUGCCUCUGCGCAAGGGUUCCACGGACGCCCGUCGUUGCAGGAGCUCCGUCCACAGCACCGUCCGCCACCACCGCCCGCCUCGACUGGAGUUCGGAGUUCGGCGCCAAAUUCCAGAGGCAAAUGAAGCUCAGAAGGAACCCCCCCGCCCAGCCCCCGGUGACCCUCCCUAGCAGCUGGAACUUGAGCUAUUGACAACACGAGGGACAUUGCUGCAGCCAGUUCUGCCCUCACCCACCCGUGUGGUUUUUGAAGGUCCUCUGACUCGGAUGAUCAGCAUCGUGGUAACAGCUGAGAGAUGGGAGUCCCCCAACGGCAGUGCUGAAAGUGCUCGCAGACUAACAAUGGGCCAAAGUUCAACACAAACCCCGCCCCGCCCAGGCAAUGCUGUAGUUCUUGCCUUAAAAUGUAACGAAGUUCGUAUGUCACACCCUUGCCAAUAUCGAUACUAUGUGAUGUGAUGCCAGGCCGAGAUAUGGCAUUUUGGAUGAUCCUAAAAACUCUUGUUUCUGGUCGAUCAGGAAUUAUGACAUGACAGGAAAUGACCUCGCUUAUAUUACAUCACUUCCAUACUUUUCCCACCAAAAGUGGUGGAACAUGACAUCGGGUUUCCUCACUUUUGUUCGCACGAAGAAACGUGAAAUGAUGACGUGAUAUAAGCGGUCCGUAUAAAGAUCCGAAAUUGUCCUUAAACAUCUGAAACGUUUGAAUCAGAAAUUCAUCCCGAGUAUUCACGCAAAGGGGCGAUACCACCACAUCAUCCCCCGACUGGCAGACUGAAUGCACACUUGCUGCAGCCCGUUGCUGCGUGUACAGCGUUACGCCACCCAGGGACAGCUGCCACUGGGGAGUUCUCCUUGGCCAGACUGCGUUUGGGGAAUUGGAAUGAUUGAGUUGAGGCUUGGCGAGGAAUGCAAUCAUACUGGACAUGCAAAUUAUUAUCCUUGCCACGUGUUUACUCUGUUACAGUUUUUCUCAUUUUACGAGUCGGUUACUUUUUCCACAAAUAGUAUUUGUGUUUACUUUUGUUGUUGUUUACUUUGAGGUGUUUUUUAAAAAGUAUAUAACCAAAGACCAUACUAUGAAUUUGGAACGCACGCAAAUAUUUGUUCUUAUCUAAAUGGUUUUUAGUUUUGCUUCAAGGCUAAUUUCUUAGUGGCUACCAUGUAAAGUGUCAUUACUAUACUAGGAUUAUAAAGAUCAAGGAAUUUUCGCCUGCAGGAUUAUACAGAAUACGUAACUUUACAGUAUAUAUACACACAAACACAUAAUUUCCAUAUAUAUUGCUAACCUAUUUUAAUAAUCAUAAUACUACACUACAAAGGCUCGUAUUGUUUUAAUAUAGUUAAACUACAAGGGUCAUGUCAAGAUAAUGCGUGAGGCUUAGGUUUAAUAUUUUUGCACGAGCCGCUUCAGUUCGCGGUACAAAGGCUUUUACGUUGGAAACCUUCGCGGCAAUCGGCGCAGCGACGACGGCCACGACGACGUUUGUAAGGGACUUGGCAGAGCCACUUCUGAAAUCACAUCAAUUGGCUCUGUAACCCGCGUGAGUUUGGCGCUGGAUAACAAAAAAACGCACUCCGAGAAAAUUCGCCCAUCGUGCGGAUAUUAGCCAAUCAAACAAGAGGGCGGCGGGGUGGGGGGGUGUCACGUGACGCCGUACCAACCGAUGGGAUUGGAUCGAUUUCCAACUGCCACGCGAAACGUCUUCCCGACACGUGCACGUCUCUUUGAUCGGCGACUAACGUCCGAUUUUGAUCUAUUGCAGCCCAACGUCUCGCGUGGCCGUCGCGGCACUAACACUUUGGUGAAUUAAUGGAACAGGCGAAUUUAAUACGAAGGGUCAUCGUGUUAUUUGCUUUUGCCGCCUUCGAUGACGGAGAUGAGACCGUUGUUUCUCGCUACCCUUGAACCCGUUUUUUUUUUUUAAACCUCCCCGUGGGUUCUUCCUUGGGUGGGCAUUAGCACCCAGCCACCAGAAUCUCACCUUUAGUGUGAUGCCCCACCCCCCACUUCUGUAUAGUGAACACACGUGCAAUUGAGAUCAAGAGGUCAUUAAUUUUUAAACGUGAAUGGCAUUUAGUUUGUACUUUGCGUGCCGAUGCUCUAUUUCAGACUCGAAACCUUUUUGACGUAUGCGCGUUUGUGCGGUGUCGCACGCACGCACGUAUAAUGUCAUGAUGUACGGCCUUUAUCAAUCCACUGCUGGAUGAAGCCCUCCCCACGCAAUGGCCGCCGUGUGGGUUGAAGGGGAUGAGAUCCAGGGCUGGUCUCAGAUGUCACUCGGCACCGAAGUUGCCCGUAGCUGGGAAGUGACGAUGAAGUGACUCCGUGUCUCCGGCUUCAUAGCGCGCGCUGUGCUCACCAUGGCGCACACCCAUGCCGUCCACUCCCGCUUCACGUCACGUCAAUAUGCAUACAGUGCGUCAUUGAUGACUCGAAUUAAAUGUUGUCUUAGACUUAGAGAAUCUGACCUUUCUGUGGGUCAUCUGUCCCCAGGUAAUGGUUUUUGUGGUGACAAUCGUAACUUAUUCAAUGUGGAUAAUGCUUCACAUUUGUCUUAAUAAGCAUGAUCUCUUUUAAUGAACUUAGUGGAAGGAACAUAUCUGCAGGGAAAUAUUACACUUGUACCUGCCGAUGGUGUUAGCCAUGAUCUGGAUCUAAACUCAGGUUGCUGGGUUCAUAGCAUCACCUUUCACCCCUGUGCCAAUGUAUUACUUGUUGUAGGUUUUAUGAAAAUGCACGCUCUUGAACAAACAUACAUACCUGGUUCAUGGCUAAGCAAUUAUAGAAGAUAGUUUCGUGAACAUAAUUUUAUGAACAUGCACAGUUAAUCUACUAUAAACAGAUCGAGCAAGAAUAAUUGCAUAUAUAGGUUUAUACACUCAAGACAAAUUUGUUUUUGAGGCAAAUAUUAAUGUGCAUAUUUAAUCAUGUUCUUACUGAAUAAGAAAUUCACUGGGUUUUUUUUACCAAUUAAAAUUAAAAAUCCCCAAGGGCGUGUGUGAAUUUGGUGAGCAAUGUGUAGCAGCGGUGCUACACAGACGCAGUAUAGAAGGAUGAGGACAGAUCUCAUGUUGACACAGUGUACAGCAUUACUGCAGUGCUAGAGGGGAAGGGAGACGCACAAAGACAAAGAUCCCCCGUACAGCCUUGACACACUUGGGGCAAGUGGUAUUAGCGAGUAGCAGCUGUGAAAGCCGGUACAGUACGCACAGGGGUCGGUGGCCAGCAACCACGCCCGGGCCGGGCCGCCUUUGUCUCCCCAGUAGCGAUGUUUUUAGACACCGCACUAGGUACUCGUUUGAGGCUGAGUCGACCUAGGGGAGGCCCAGGACCGGUCCGGAUAAUCGCCAGCGGUUUUAGGCGUGAGCGGGAAUCGAACUCGGGUGGACGGGUUCGUAGUGCAGCGCGCUAACCGCUACACUACCACUCCCCUAUAGGAUGGGAGACACGCACGCACGCACGCACGCACGCACGCACGUAACUCGGUUAUGGCUAUAAAGGCAAAGGCACCGGUGGAGGCCUGCGAUUGUUGGCUCACGCCGCUGCUAGGGGUAGGGCCCCUUGACUCUUGGGAGCUCGAGAGAGAGAGCCCGUCCCCUCGAGGGUAUUUGGCCUAAUCUUCCUCCCUGGGCAGAUGUCUAUGACGAGGUGGGAGCAGGCGCAAUUCACUCGCACCUC